AUGAAAUUAAUUAAUUUUUCUUUUAUUUUUAAUAAAAGAAAUUUCUGUAAAUAUAAUUUUUUUAUAUCAAUAAGAAAAGGAGGAGAAUCAAUUUUAAAAAAUGAUAUAAAAUAUAUAUAUGUAAAAGAUUUAAUGAAUUAUGAAAAAGAAAGAAAUAAUAUUAAUAAAGAAAAGAAAGUAAAACAUUUAAUUAAAUUAACCAAAACAAGUGGUGGAAUACAAUUGAAGUGUUCAAUAUCUUUAAUUUAUUUAUUAUCGUUAAAGUGUAAAUAUGCUGAAAGUAUAUGGUUAAACGUGUCAAAAAACAAAAUAUGUAAUUCUUUAAAUUGUUUAGAAAAUAUUAUCCUAAAUAUUGAUUGGAAUAAAUUCCUUGAUUGUAAUGAUUUAAUAAAUAUACCACUCAAAAUUGUAUGUGUUAACUCAAAAUUAUUUGAUACUAAAAGUAUUAAAAGUACCAUAUAUAAAUGUUUAAAUACUAUAAUAGAUAGUUAUAAGAAUGUUACACAAAAUGUAAAUAAUAAUGUAAAAAAUAAAAAAGAUUUAAGUGAUCAAAAAACAUAUGUAAAUAUAUUAAGUGGUAAUUCAAUAGAAGCAACUACUUUAAGUAGUUAUAAUGAAAAUAAACAGGGAGACGGUAAUAUUAAUAUCAAAACUUUAAGUAAUAAUGAAACAACUGAAGAAAAAUUAAAUGAUAAUUUAAAUAAUGUAUGGAAUUUAUUAUCAUUUCAUAUUGAAAAUAAUAUAUGCAAUGUUGACAUAAAAUUUACAGGAAAACUAUCUCCCCGAUUUUAUGAAUAUGGUAACAUUAAAGAAUUGGAAAAUGUUAAAAACAUUGAAAAGUAUCAAAAUUUAAAUUUUUUUUCUCUUUUCAACAAUAAUUAUAAAAUUAAUGAUGAAAAAAUAAAAAAUAUUGUAAAUGAGAAUGUCCCGUUUUGGUCAAUAUAUGAAGAAAAAAAAAAAAUUCAAAUAGACCAUCAAAAUAUUGAAAUAAAUACAGGAGAAAAUAAUUAUAAAUAUAGAUUUUUUACAAAUAAAUUAAGAAAAGGAGUUUUUGAUAUGACUACUGAUAAUGCUGCAAUAUCGUCACCAUCAGUAAAAAAGAAAGAACUAAACAAGAAUUAUGAAACAUCUUUAGAAAAUAACAGGAAUGUGUAUUCAAUUUUUCAUGAUGAAGAAAAAAGAAAAAAUGAAAAAUCCUUAAGUAAUAUGUUAGAAAAUGAAAGUAUAGAGUUAAAAAAUUAUGAUUGUAAUGAUGUAUAUAUGAAUAAAUUUAAAGAGAAAAGUGUUGUUUUAGAAAAUCCUUGUAACUCCAUGAAUAAAUUUCUUAUAAAAAAUACUGAAAAAAAUGAAAAUUACGAAAAAGCAUAUGAUAUAGAUAAAGAGAAAAAAGAAAAGGAUAAAAAUAGUGUCGUUAAUUAUUUAAGAAAUAUGGAAAUAAAAAGAAUGAAUUAUUAUAAUAACAAUUUUUUUUUAAGUGACGAUUGUUAUGAUUCAUCUAAUUGUACAUAUUCUUUAAUGAUUCAAAAAUGUUUAAAAAAUAAAAAAAAAAUUAAUAUUAUAUGGGAUCCUUUUUGCAGUAGUGGCAAUUUAAUUUUUGAAUUACUCAACCAUUUUUUAAAUUUACCAUUAUAUAAUGAAAAAGAAAUUUUGCCUUUUAUGAAUUUAAAAAUAUUUGAUAAAGAAGAAUUUGUAAAUAUAUAUAAUUACGCCUUAAGUGAUUUAAGUAAUAAUUAUAAAAAUAUACAUUUAAUAGGUAGUGAUAAUAGAAGUAUUAUGAUAGCUGAAUGUAAGAAAAAUUUAAUUAGAUAUUCAUUAUAUUAUAAAGAUAUAUUAAAAAAAAUAAAAUUAGGAAAUAGUAAAAAUGAAGAUAAUAAUUUCACAUAUUCAAGUAGAAUAAAGAAAAAUUCAUUUUUGAAUUAUGUUUUAAAAGAGGACAUUAAAGAAGAUGAAGAUGAGGAAGAAAUAGAUAAUGAUGAAGAAGUAUUCUAUGAUGAAACAUCAGAUAUUAAUUUCGUAAAAGAUUUAGAUCAGUUAUAUAAUAUAGAGAAAGAUAAAAAAAAAAAAAAAAUUGCAAAGGAUGCAAAAAAGCUAAGAACCAAAAAUAAAGAGGAAAAAAAAGAGCUAGAAAUGAAAAAUGAAGAUAUGAAUAUAAAUAUUCCAGAUAUUGAAACUGUAUCAAUUUCUACAGAAGAAGACAAAAAAUAUAACUUGAAUUUUCCUUUUGACGUUUCAUUUCAUAAAGCACACUUUUUUAAUGUUGCACCAUUCAUAAAAAAUGCAAUAAUAAUAACGAAAAUUCCACAUUUUAGUUUUUCAAAGGAACUAGGUAUUAGCAAAAAAGCGUUUACAUUAUAUGAACAGUUUGAUCAGAUGUUGUGUUCUAAAAAUGACUGGCUAGGUGUUUAUGUUUUAAUUAGAAACAAAGUUUUUUUAAAUAAAUCAAAAUUAGAAUGGAAUAAAAUAAUGUCAAUUACUGAUUCAAAAGGAAGACAUUUAACUUUAUUGAGUUGGUCAGGCAGAAAAAAAAGUUUAUAUUCCUUAUCUGCAGAAAAUGAUAGAUUGAAAGAAUUAGAAAAAUUUAGCGAAAAAUUAAAAUUUGGUAUUUAG